CGGUCCCACUCGUAAUAAUCACAGUGCCUUGGGACAUCGUCGCCAGGCAGCUGUUUAGUCCUCGUGAUCGCGCGCGCUCGUACGAAUCGUGAAAGUUGCACUUUUAUAACUAUUUCAUUUUCACCGACCAUGGCGAGGAAAAGAAGGCCGUGCUCGUGUGACAUUUCGCAAAAACAAUAGAAAAAAUGCUAGUUGCGACACCGUACAGGGAGUUCGAUGGCCCCCCAAGAGUCAUCUCCGAGGUGCGAAAAAGCUACGCCAGCAAAUGGAUCGACUUCAGGCCCAAAUUGGCAGGGGACCUUCUCGUCCGAACUGGCAACGACAAGAAGUGGUGGCCCCGCAGGGCCGUCGUCAGAAACGGCCAAUUGCAAAUUUCCGCCAUCGAAGACAAGCCAAAUAUCCGACUUCCUUUGAGGCACCUGAGUCUGCAAGCUGGGGCUCUGCCCAACAGCCUUUCGCUGUGCAGAGGCGAGGAUGUCGUUCUGACAAUUCAGACGGCCAACGAGCGCUCCUUCGAGAUCUGGGUGAAGACCAUCGCCAUCGAGCUGAUCCGGCAGACGCCGCUCGAGGCGGUGAAGUACCUGGACAUCUUCACCUUGGCCAGCUGCUGGGGCCGCAAAACGCCCAAAGACUGCAACUCCAACUACAUCGAACCGCCGGCUGAGAACCCGUGCACGGUUUGCGUCACCAACAUUGAGGAAAAGAAUAUCGAAAAUCUGCUCAAAAAGUGUCAAAACGCCGAGAGUUACGUUCCGGUCAAAGAAAAACUGAUUUUAUUCGAGUCGUUGUGCAAACUCGGACGCAAAGUGCGCAGUACUGAAGAUGUCUCCUGCAGAGCGGCCAACGGGACGAAACGGGCGCGGUCCAUGCACGACCUGUCCAACUUCAGCCCGCACAGUGCAGUUCGCGAAAUUUGCAAAUACUUUGAAAUCAAAAGUGAGGCCAGUGUCGAGAGUUACGGGACAAUUGCGAGGUUCAACCGCUCCGACUCGCAGCUAAACGGCGUCAAGAGACCGUUCUAGGCCACUAUUUCUUGUUAAUUUAUCCAAUAAAGCAUUAUUUUGUA